AUGGGAGUGACGGUACGGGGACGGCCUCAGGCAUGUCAGGUGACGCCCAAAAGCUCCCUCCACUAUGCGACCUUGGCCGUUUUUCUUCUUCUCCUCCUGCUAGAUGACACUUCAUCUUCUUCCACUGCAACUCCAGGCAUCCUCGUCUUCUUCUUCUUCUUUCACUUCGUCUGUUUACUUAUCAGCUUCUGCCUGGCCUUCUAUUUACUCUACCAUCUGUUCCAAUACAAUAUCCUGUACGUCUGCUUACUUUAUCAGGUAUUCCAAUUCGAGAAAGACGCGGUCCAGCCAACCCAAGAGAACACAACCAACCAACGAAAGAGAGAGAGAGAGAGAGAGAGAGAGAAGAGAGAAGAGAGCGUCAGUCUCGCAGAUAUAUUGGGAGAGUCUCCAGUUGUCCUCCGUCUCCGUGUCUAUCUCUGCCUACGUGGUGUCCUGUGUUGCCUGCUGCUGGACUCUUCGCUCAUAUCUGUACCUUCCUGUUGCCUCUUCCUAUCCUGUUAUUUUAUUACUCUUCUCUCUGUUGUCAGGUUGAUACUGCAAAGCAAAGAAAAAGAUCAAUCUAUCAAGAAGAAAGUGGACAGCAAAAGGAAAACGAAAAGACAAGAAACAAAACCUAGUAGCUGUUCUGCUUUUUCAUCUCUGUUCUCUGCUCUUGUUCUGCUCUUCUUUUUGCGGCCAAAAUUUACUACACAAGCCAAAAGCCACAAUCAACACCAACAACCGCCACUCCAGCUCAAGCUACCAGCCAAAGAAAAGAAAGAAUCAAACAGAAAAUCAAGAAAAACAAGAAGAAGCGGUACUAAUCAUCAUUAUCUGGAGCUAUAG